GAGCGUCAUGGCGGCGGCCAGCCCUCUCCCCAGGGCCCCGGACCUGCCCACGCUGCACGCCACGUUACAGGACUUGCUGAGCUUCCUAAGGGGCGCCCUGGCCAUUUCCAGCGCGCAUACAGUGGACUUCUACACCAAGUCGAUCUGGCAAGAGUUGGUCGACUUGCCCCCUGAGAGCGUGCUGGCGACGCUGAGGAAGUCGGCGGCAGAGGCCGAGCUGCACGAGACGCUUCCCCUGGGAGAGGCAGAGGCGGGAUCAGGCUGAGUGGUGCUAUUGAAGUCCUCAUAGUGGCCUCAGUGAUCAAGCCACUACGGAGGCUUAGGAGAAUUCCGUAGUUGAUGAUGCUACAAUAGUUUCAUCGAUCUCCCCAAAAUAUUUUGUGAAACCUCUCAGAAGCUGUUGAGUGUGGAAGCCUUUGUGCUCACUGCGAAACACUACUCUGUGCAGAACUUGGGACUGUGCACUCCUUCUGAGCAGCUGCUUACAGCCCUCCGAGUAAAUACAGAACAGAGAACUGAUGAAAAUGUGAAGGCAAUUGAGUUUAUGAAUACAAAAAAAUCUCAUGAGGUCCAGGCAAUGUCAGAGCUAAUCUGCAGUAUUGCUGAUUACUGUGGCUUAAAGCAGAUAAUUGAUGUGGGUUCUGGUAAAGGCUAUCUAAGCUCCUUUUUGUCCUUAAAAUAUGGUCUGAAUGUUUAUGGCAUCGACUCCUCAUACACUAACACUCAUGGGGCUAAGGAGAGAAACAGGAAGUUGAAGAAACAUUGGAACCUCUGCCAUUCUCAGUCAAGAGCAGACAGUAACGGACUGGUAUUAAAAAUGCCAAAAGAGUCGAAAGUGCAAAGCACAAGCAAGUGCGAGGGGGAGUGCGAGCGUGUGCGGAAGAGCAGGCGUGGGGAUGAAGACGCGUCUGCCGGUGUGUCUGCCGGUGCUCUGACAGACUUUUCAGGGUCUCCAGUUUCAGUCAUCAGAAAACAGCAAAGAAAUCCACAUGCUCAGCCAGUUGAAGAGGAAAGGUUGUGUUGUGAAGAUGCCUUUUCUCUCGUAGACUUUUUGCCUGUCGAUGGCAUCGAACCUACCUCACAGGUGUGCCACACAGAAGCGCCUGGACUCCGUAAAGAGAGAGGAAAUGCCACCUCCAAAUCAAGGGGCUCCAGCAUAUAUUCACCGCUCACCUCGUUCAUCACGGCGGACACACAACUGCAUGACAUUAUCGAAGAUCUGGAGGACUGUUUGAUGGUGGGGUUGCAUACUUGUGGUGACCUUGCACCCAAUACUCUUCGGAUUUUUGCAUCCAAGGCUGAAGUCAAGGGAGUUUGCAGUGUGGGUUGUUGCUACCAUCUCUUAUCUGAGGAAUUUGAAAACCAGCAUAAAGGAUAUGCUAAAGAAAACUGGGGAUUUCCAAUGUGCCACUAUCUGAAAGAGGAGAGAUGGUGCUGUGGCCGUAAUGCGAGAAUGUCAGCAUGUUUGGCAUUGGAACGGGUUGCAGUUGGCCAAGGGCUACCUACUGAAUCACUCUUCUAUCGUGCUGUUCUUCAGAAUAUUAUUAAGGAUUAUUAUGGCAUCAGCAAAUGUGAGCAGUACGUUGGUAAAAUUUACUCCAAAUGUUCCUCUUUUCUGGAGUAUGUCAGAAUGUCUCUAAAGAAGCUGGGAUUAGAUGAGUCCAAGGUCUCUGAAGAAAUUAUAAUGGACUACUAUGAGAAAUAUAAGCCUAGAAUGAAUGAGCUAGAGGCAUUUAAUAUGUUGAAAGUUGUCCUGGCUCCUUGCAUAGAAACACUGAUUCUUCUUGAUCGACUUUGUUACCUGAAGGAACAGAAAGACAUAGCAUGGUCUGCCCUCGUGAAGCUGUUUGACCCUGUGCAGUCCCCCAGAUGCUACGCUGUCAUUGCUCUGAAGAAGCAGUGUGAUCGCAGCUGAAGCAGCUUGUUAGAUAGCCUGGCUGGGGACUUACUCAAAGAUCACUUUUCUAAACAUUUAUAUCCUGUUAUGUAAGCAUUUUAAAUCUAUAUUUUAUAUAAUAAAAUAAUGACUAACAACA